AUAAUUUGCAGUCAUCUCAAUAUGGGCACUUCUCGAGGUCUCAAAAUAUGCUGUGGGGUGACUGCAAUUUUCAUAGUUAUGAUUGCUAUAAUUUUCACUAUUUUGGCCUUUACUGUUUUCAAACCCAAGGACCCAGAAAUCACAAUUUACCCUCAGGGCCUCGGAAACAUUGGUUUUGGUUUAGGAGGGAUUUCGAAUUUAAGCACAGCAAACGUUAACGUCUCGGUAGCGAUGAUCGUCGCCAUUGACAACCGUAAUUAUGGGAGCUUCAAGUUCAAGAACGCGACGGCUUUUGUAAACUAUCGUGGGGAUGUGGUUGGCACGGUUCCGAUCGAGCAAGCGCGGGUUCCCGCACAUGGGAAGCUCAACAUCAGCACUGUAGCGGCUUUCAUGAUGGAUCGGUUGAUUGCAAACGCUUCGUUUUGGGCGGAUGUUUUGGCGGGUUCCGUCAACUUGUCGACGGAUGCGACGAUGCAUGGGAAGGUGACCAUAUUUAAGGUUUUCAAGAUUCAGGCAUCGGUUCCUAGCAGAUGUGAUAUCACCCUUUUUAUCCAAUCUCAAAGCGUUGAGUCGAUUUUGACAUCAACUUCUAGUGGUUGGCAAUCUACAUUGGAUUGGGGACGUUAUGAAACAUCUAAAAGAAGGGAUAAAGUACUCCCUACAACAUCUAACGACGAGGGGACCUUGUUCGUUGCAGAUGAUGGUGGGUCGAAUGAUGAGUCCAAUGUGGAUCCACCUCGAGAGCCCAGCCCCGAUGGUGUAGAGGUUGGAUUAUUUUCUGAACCAGAGCCUCUUCUAACCAUAUUUGAAGAUGUUGAAGGGGGUUCAAAUGAAGAAGAAGAAGAUCCAUGA